GACGUGGAGCGGCAUCGCGGCCCGCCUCGCGGUGGAGCAGGAGGAUGAAGAAGCGGUCUGCGCGCGUGGCUCCGCUCAGCGCGUGUCGCACCCCCGUGCUGAGCCUCACCCGCUCGCCAGACCUCGAAUCGUGCCCCAAAGAACCCCUCGCGGCGGAGGCUGCGGCGGCGACGAACGACCCCGAGACCGACUCAAACGGCAACGCCGUCCCGCGCGCCGACCCCGCGGAAGGAUCCGCGGGCUGGCGGUCGGUGCUACGGCGCCUGGCCUGGGGGCUCCUCCUGCUGCCGGCGGUGACCGCCAGCUGGGCGGGCGCCUCGCAGAUGAACCGCGUGGCCGCGCCGCGAGGAGCCGCGGGGCAAGCGGUGCCCACGGCCCCUACGAUCCCCACGGUGGCCGCGGCCCCCGCGACGCCCUUCCUCGCCGCCUGGUUCGCAGCCACGUGGAACGUGGCCGUGUUCCCCGCGUACUGCCUGUGCCACGCGGCGUGCGGUGCCGACGGGACGAGGAGCCCGCUCAAGACGCUCAGGGAGUGCGGCCGCCUGUUUGGCGACGGCGGCGUGGGCGUGAGGCCGCUGCUGCAGACCGUGCUGCCCUUCUCGCUGCUGUGGACGGGCGCCACGUACCUGUACCUGCUCGCGCUGGCGCGCAUCGCGCCCACGGACGCCGCGGCGCUCUUCUGCUGCAACAAGGCGUUCGUCUUCCUGCUCUCGUGGAUCGUCCUCAACGACCGCUUCAUGGGCGUGCGGAUCGUGGCGGCGAUCCUCGCCAUCUCGGGCAUCGUGAUGACCGCGUACGCGGACGGCUUCCGUGGCGACUCCAUCAUCGGCGUGGCUUUGGCCGUGGGCGCCGCCUCUGCCUCUGCCUUCUACAAGGUGCUCUUUAAGAAGGUGCUGGGGAGUGCCCGUCUGGGUGAGGCGGCUCUCUUCCUGUCGGCGCUGGGCCUCGUGAACGCCGCGCUCGUCUCGUCCGCGUGCGCCGCGCUGCACUACUCGGGCCUCGAGCGGUGGCCGCACGGCGCCUCCGCGUGGGGCAACCUCUGCGCCACCGCGGCGCUGAUCCUGAUGUUCACGGCGCUCGUGAACUUCGGCGUGGCGCUCACCUACCCCAGCGUCAUCUCCCUCGGGGUCGUCCUCACAAUCCCCCUCAACGCGGCGCUUGACGUGCGUCGAGGCGACACCACCCUCGGCGCAAUCCGCCUCGCGGCCAUGGGAGUCAUCGUGAGCGCGUUCCUGCUCCUGCUGCUGCCCGACUACUGGGACGAGGAUGCGCUGGAACUCGCCACCGCUGUGCGAAGCCGCCUGCUCAGCCCCUGGGCGCCCGAACCGCGCGAGCAGCCGCCGGCCGACGAGGGACUUUGCCUCGGCGCUGGUCCUGGGAACGCGACACAAUCAGACCCCCCGGCUCUCGUGCUGGUGGCGAGUGGGCAGCAGUAGCAGCAGAGAGCGAACAACAACAACAGCAACGUCAACAGAAAACUAAAACUGAAAAUUGAUCAAGAUGUGAAAAUUGGUGGCAUGCCGAAGUAGAGCAGAGUUAAGUGGCUAGUUGAUACGUUGGUUAGGGUUAGGGCUAGUAGUUGUGUUCCCUUGUUAGAUGGGGUUAAGAGUAAGGCUUGCACGAGUGGCUGGUUUGGGCUAUUACUCGUGCUUUGUUUUAUCGUUGGUUACGGCUAACUGGAUAGUUGGUUAGAGUUUGUGGGAUGGUCAGGUUGGAUAGUUGUUUAGCGUUAGGGGCAGGGCUGUUUUCAGUGAUCGGUUAUAUAGUUGGUAAUAUUACUCGUGGUGAACU